CAAAUGAAAUUUGUGUGCAACAAGCGGCGAAUGCAGGCUAGCAGUAACAGCAGCAACAGCAGCGACAGCAGCAACAACAACUGUAACAUUUAGAGGUUAGGCGCCUUGUCCGCCCGCUUCAAAUAUUUUCGGACUGGGUAUCCCACAACUGGUCAGCGCCAGGUUCAAGUGUAACCAGUUACCAGUUUCCAGAAACACAACAACAGCAACAAAAACAACAACAGCAACAAAAACAACAACAGCAUCAGCUUUGGACGGAGCCCAAGCUUCAAAAGCCGCGGCCCAACAUCCACCUCAAAUGUACAAUCUGCAUGCGGCCAACUAACUGUAAAACGCGCCGUGCAACGGUCAGCAGCAAAUAGCACAACAGCAUCAGCAGCAACAACCUGUAACGACAGCAGCAGCAACAGCAGCAACAGCAACAACAGCAACAACAGCAACAGCAGCGACAACAGCAACACACUUGAGAAUUGCAUAAAAUUGAAAUUAGAUAUUGGCGGCGCAUCAAAUUACCAAAUGCUGUUGCUGUUGCCAGAACUAUGGCAGCGACAAAAAUCAUGGCAACAACAAUAACAACAGCAGAAGCAGCAGCAGCAGCGAUUGGCAGCAUGCACCAUCAGCAACAGCAGCAACAGCAGCAGCAGCAGCAGCAAAGGCCGUUGCGCGGUAUUUCAAUAAUAAUUGAAUCUGAGCAGCCAGCUAAGCCGGCAGGCAACAACAUUGAAGGCGACGAAAUGUCGCUCAAGUCGCAGACCAUGUUGUUGGCAUUUGGCGACAACAGCAGCAGCAAGAGCAGCAGCAGCAACAGCAGUGGCAGCAGCAAUAACGAUCAAGACAACAAUUUGCAGACGCCUCAGGUUGACCAUGCAACCCAUGUUGUUUUGGAAACUAGUUGCAACACGGUGGGAGCAACAGCAGCUGCAGCAACAAACGAGCCAGCAACUAAAUUAUAUCCACAGCUGCUGCUGCGCAUUGGCCAGGCCGAGGCCGAGGUUAACUCUGUGCCUGAUGCUGUUGCUGUUGCAGCCCCGCCAGCAGCAGCAGCAGCAGCAUCAACUAUUAUCAGCUGCAAUGUUGCCGAUGACGUUAGAAACGUGUUACGAGCUGCAGCCACAGCUGAGCUUCAAGCUAUUGAAAUUGAAGAGAGCGCUCUCCACGGCAACGGCAACGGCGACGGCGACGCUAGUCAGUUAACGUUAGGUGCAGUGACCGAAACAGUUGGCGUCUGUGCGCCACAGCACACGGUCAAGAUACAGAUAGCCAACGGUCAGAGCUCGUAUUCAAGUCAAAGCCAGCCCAGGCUCGGCAAACAGAUAAGCGUGGUAAAACUGAACGACAGCCAAAGCGACAGCGACAUGGUAUUACAUUUAAAGCAACAGCAGCAACAGCAGCAACAGCAGCAGCAGCAGCAACUGCUACAAUUGCAACUGCAGCAGCAACAGCAUUCACAAACUGAGGCACAGCCACCCACAGCGCCCUAUCAGCUAUGCUAUUUGGUGUCCAGUGGCCAGUAUUCGCCCUGCGAGACUCUGGACAGCGGCACUGGCAGCGAUCUGGAGAGCAUCAAAUCGCCCAGCAGUGACAGCAAUGCCAUCAACAGCAACAGCAACAGCAAGAACAACAGCAACAGCAACAUUGGCGGCAGCAACAUGAGCGGAAGUGGCGUGCCCAAGCUGGAGCUGCAUCUGAAGACGACUCGCAUCCGAGUUAAUACCCCGAGCGGGCAAUCCGGUACGCACUCGCGCGCCUACAGCUUGACGGACAGCGAGGAGUGUGACGAGAGCAGCUCCUCGCUCAGCUGCGACUCGCUGCACUCCAAUGAGGCGGCGCCGAUACUUAAAUUGGGCGCCCUCUUGCCCAGUUCGCUGCUGCGCGAUAUACGCGACAGGGAGACGGGCAGGGAGGGGCAGAUGGAACAGUCUCUGACGGCGACCAAAAUCGAUGGACGUCCUCUGCAAUAUGAGGCAGAUCAAUAUUACAAUUUUCAUGUGAACGAGCAUGCAAAUUAUCGCAGUUUCGGUCCGGAGAGCUGCAGUCGCAUGUCGCCGGAAUACGAGGCGUACAGUUUGCCAGGCGAAGCCGAGGAGCACGAUGAGGACGCUUUUGCCGGCUAUAAGGACGUGCGCCGCGCCUCACAAACAUCCACAAUACGCUCCUCCAAGGGCACCGUCCGCGGCGUCAAGAAUCGUGUGCGCAAUGGAGUAGCCACCUUCUUGCAGUUGCAGCAGCCGAAUGUCAAGAACUACAUGGAGAAGGAUCUGGGCAAGGUAGUACUGUACACAACCAGCAUGGGCAUCAUACGGGAUACCUAUGCCAAGUGCGCGAAUGUCAAGCAGAUAUUGCGUACACUGCUCGUCAAGUUUGAGGAACGGGAUGUAUUCAUGAGCAUCGAGUAUCAGCAGGAGAUGCGGGAUCGCAUGCACCAUGGCACGAUACGGGUGCCGCAGCUAUUCGUUGAGGGCCAGCACAUUGGUGAUGCCGACACGGUGGAGCGUCUGAACGAGAGCGGCGAACUGCGCCAACUAUUGCGACCUUAUAAGUCGCUGGCCUCGGCGUACACCUGCCAGACCUGCGGAGGCUAUCGAUUGCUGCCCUGCCCCUCGUGCAAUGGCUCCAAGAAGUCCGUCCAUCGAAACCACUUUACCGCCGAAUUCGUGGCCCUCAAGUGCAUGAACUGCGAUGAGGUUGGCCUGGUCAAGUGCCCGACCUGCUAGAGUCCCCCUCCUCCCCAUUUGCCCUCAACUGGCCGCCGAAGCUGAUUAAAUUUUAUUUAUUCACUCGCGUACCAUUUUAUUUCGUUUCUAGUAAUAAUGCGUAUUUACCCAAGAA